CCUCCCUCAACGCCACAAUUUCUUCUCGAUUCAUGGGCCUCACACCGUUUUCCGCAAUCUGAAAUUGUUGCUGCGACCUCACUGCAUGCGACUUGGUCGAUCGAUGCAUCUAAACCGAUCCAAGAGAGAGAGAGAGAGAGAGAGAGAGAGAGAUCUUGUAACUGAACAGGGAGACGAAUUAUACCGACGAAGCGACAUUUGGGUAUUCGAUUGUGGAGAUCCGGUUUCCUGACUUUGUGGUUGUGAAGGUUGUGGAGUCGCAAGGAGGGUGAAAGCGGUGGAAAUGGGCAGAACGAAUGAGGUUGGGAGCCAGGAGUCGACUUCCUUCACUGUGCUGUAUUUUCAGACUACCGUUCCCUAAUUUUCGAGCACUAAAUAUGCAACAUGGGGAAGCAGGAGAAGGGAGAAAUCUACUUUUUCUUCAAACCCAAAGUUGGAGUCGAGAAGCCGCACACUGGGGAUGAUGUCCAACGCAUGAUUUUUGUGCUUCGACCUCAGGUUGCUGAAAAAGGAAUCGAGGAGAAGCAAAGCUCAGAUACAGGGAAGGAGGGGCAAUUUGAAGUAGAAAAAAAAUCCGUGGUUGAAGGACACGAGAAGACUGGCUCAGAUAAAUCUGAUGCAGCGACAGAGGAAGAGGCAAAAGCAGAAGGUGAUAGCACUGAGGAAAAGUCCAAGGAGACUACAGGGGAAGAGAAAGAUUACUCCAACAAAGGGGACGAGGAUGACACUGCAAAGAAAGAAAACCAAGAUCUGGAGAAGGUCGAGAUCGGAGAGAAGCAUCUAUUUCGAUAUAUUGUGAUGGGACGGAAAAGCCUUCCUGAUGCGGCCAAGGGCAAGUCAAGACCUUAUUGGGGGUUCGUGGAGCUUAUCACUUCGAACCCUGAGGAUCUCAAGAAAAUGCUCUCUGAAGGGGAAUACGACACAAAGACGCGUGGCUAUAGAGUGAACCCAGCAGCCAGACCUGUGGGUGAAGGGAGGUAUAGCAUUGUUCGACAUCACCGAGAUAACAAGCAAACAAGCAUCCACCUGGUUUACAAGCUUGAGCAUCCUGGACAACAUGAGAAGCAUGGUCCCCAGGAUGCAAUGAACAUUGAAACACAAGCAUCCUUCGUCAUUCAGGUGAAGAACCCUAAGCAGGCAGAGCCUUUGCAGCCAGGAAGCAAGCGGCAAGCCAUUCUCCCUGCGUAUAUGCUGGGAAAGAUGGGACCCAAACGAUUCGUGCCAGUCGAUCCUCCAGACCUUCUCAAUUACGAAGGUGUUGAAUUUCUUCUCAUUUCGGCCCGUGAUGAGCUUGUAGAUGCUGAGGUAGACGCUGAACUUGAGAUCUCUGACUCGUUGUCAAAGGAAGUGCGUGAUUUGAUGGAUCUUGUGGUAAGCUCAAAGGGCCAUGAAAAGCUUACUAGGCCUUUGUUUGAGGGAGUCUGGGCAUAGUUUCUAGCUUGACAUUAUGAUUAUGAUUGUUCUACCAUGAUUAGAUUGCGAUGGUGCUCUUAUUUUGUAGAAAAGGGUUGUAGAGCUGUGUACCAGUAGGACAUAGACCAGUGUUUGAGAACAGAGAAGAAGUUACAACUUAAUUGUUUCUCUAAGUCACAUCUUUUGAGGAACAAAUAAGUCUUUAAAUAGUCUCUUUGUUACGGUCGCACUAUGGUUUAAUCAAACUAUUGUGUUUCUUAAGUCCUAGGUGGAUUCCUGCACCUUUCUUUUCCGUAAAAAAUGCUGAAGUAUCGAAAUAGAUGUGCGUUUCAUGUUUGCUUGGCCUGUUGCGUGGUAAAGUGUGCUUAGACUAAAAAGUUGAUAAAUCUGGCUACUUCAAAAAUCUUCGGUGCUGUUGCAUAGAUUACCAUGACCGAGACAUUUCAAUUAGCUUAUUUGUUCAAGUAAAGCUCCUGGUUCAUGGGCUCUUCGAUACUAGUGCCUAACCAUUAAUUGAUGGUGAUCGGAAUUCGAGACUAUGUUUUUACAUACGUGCAUUAGAGUAGAGGCCAACUUUUACACACAUUUGGCACAGUGAAAGCAUAGUCGACCACCCAGCAGCUAAAGCAUGGCACAGGGGAUGCAAUUUUGAGAUGUAAUGUGUAACUAGGAACUUGAGUGGUAUAGGAGAUGACCUCAUUUUUACUGUUAUUGGUAUGAGAUAUUAGAGAACUUUAUAAAUUGAUAUUAAGGCAAA